AUGUUUUCGCGAAGCGCACUACGAGCUGCAGCUCCGGGUACACCUCUCGUGGCCCCUGUCCGCGUCACACCAAUCCCGGUGCUCUCCGGCAAAGCUCCGAUGGGAUACGGUCGGAGAUACAUAUCAGUCUACGGCUACACCCAAGCCAAGGCAUUGAUGUACUCGAAAUACGGCGAGCCCAAAGAUGUCCUCCGCCUACACAAGCACUCGAUUUCCGCGCCGCAUGCAACCCAAGUAAACCUCCGCCUAAUGACAGCCCCAAUGAACCCAGCAGACGUCAACCAAAUCCAAGGCGUCUACCCCAGCAAACCGCCCUUCCAAUCGGCCCUCGGCAACACCGAGCCGGCCGCAGUAGCCGGAAACGAAGGCGCCUUCGAGGUUCUUUCCACCGGCGCGGGAGUUAAGAACCUCACAAAGGGUGACUGGGUCAUUAUGAAGCGCACAGGGCUGGGAACCUGGCGCACACAUGCGCAGCUGGACGAGUCCCAGCUCAUCAAGAUCGAGAACAAGGACGGACUUACCCCGCUGCAGGUCGGCACCGUCAGCGUCAACCCCGUCACGGCAUACCGUAUGAUCCGUGAUUUCUGUGCGUGGGACAUGAUGCGCACGGGCGAGGAAUGGCUCAUUCAGAACGGCGCGAACAGCGGUGUUGGCCGGGCUGCUAUUCAGCUUGGACGGGAGUGGGGUAUUAAGACGCUUAAUGUUGUUCGGCAGCGGAGUACGCCCGAGGAGACUGAGGUUCUUAAGCAGGAACUUAAGGCUCUAGGCGCUACUGCUGUUGUUACGGAAGAGGAGAUGCUUACUGGUGGGUUUCGCGAUAUGGUUCAUGAGUUUACCCGUCAGGGUCGGGAGCCGAUUCGUCUUGCGUUGAACUGUGUUGGAGGCAAGAAUGCUACUGCUUUGGCUAAGACUUUGGCGCCGGAUUCGCAUAUGGUUACUUAUGGUGCUAUGUCAAAGCAGCCUGUUGCUUUGCCGUCUGGUUUGCUGAUCUUCAAGAACCUUUCGUUUAAUGGGUUCUGGGUUAGCAAGUGGGGUGACAAGAACCCUGAGCUGAAGGAGAACACCAUUAAGGAUGUGCUUCAGUUGACUCGGGCUGGUAAAUUCCAGGAUAUUCCCGUGGAUGAUGUCAAGUGGAACUGGGACUCUGAGGGCCCUGAGCUUGCUGAGAGCGUGCAGGGUACUUUGGGUGGUUACCGCAGUGGAAAGGGUGUUUUCACAUUCACUGGUGGCGAUGAAUAA